GUGACAUAAGUGAAUCGGUAGCUGCCGUUUCGAAAUGGCAUCUAAUAGUUUCAGCGGCAGCUUGUUUUACAAGUCAAUUAUUUUUUGUAUUUUAAUUAUUUUGGUUUGUGUAAAAAGUAAUGAUAAUAAGGUCAGUUUCACACUGGUGAUCGACAACACGAAAUCAAUGACUGAUGAUAUAGUGGGUGUGCAGGCAGCGUCGAAACGCAUUGUUGAAGCCGUGGUGGAAACAGGCUCCGCUCUAAUAGAGAACUUUAUUUUGAUAUAUAUUAAUGAUCCCUAUAUAAAAAAAGUUAUUACAACUAAGAAUGCUGAAGAAUAUAAAGUAUUUAUAAAUAAUAUUAUUUUAGAAAAUAUAAGUAAUCGCGAUUGCCCAGAGCUGGCUUUAACGGGCAUAGAAGCAGCAUUGGAGGAAAGUUUACCGCAUUCCACCCUCUACGUGUUCACCGAUGCUGAAGCCAAAGAUCGCCACUUGACAGAUCGAGUCAGGAAUUUGGCAAUCAGGAAACAGUGUAAGAUAAUUUUUAUUAUAACCGGCUUCUGUGAGAAAGUAGACGAUGUAUAUUACACUUUGGCUAAAGCAACCAAUGGACUAGUAUUCAAAGGAAAUAAGAUCGACGUAGAAAAGGUUUUGAAUGUUGCAGUAGAAGGAAUAAAGACUAAAUGGAAUUACGUUGCAUCCGCAAUAUUUCCACCUGGAUAUGGAAACAAAAUGAAUGUGAGCGCUGAUGAAGCCAUGAACGACUUAUUAGUUUCUGUAAGCGGCAACGAAGUGAAAUUAGAUGUGUCCAAUCCAGAUGGUAACAUAGCUAACAUCUCAGAAGUGGUGGACACAUCUAACAUAAAAGUUGUUAAAGUGAAUGUGAAAGAACCUGGGGAAUAUGAUUUGACACUCGGCAGCAAGUCUAACACUUCUGUACUCGUUGAAGCUGAUACUGACUUUAACUUUAAUCAUGGUUUCUCAUUGAGCAAGCCUUAUUCAAUAGUGGGAACAUCAGUAUUGCCACUACCAGGUGAAAAAUCUUAUUUGAUCAUUGCCGUGAAAUCACGGGACAACAUCACUUUAGACACUGUGGAAUUAUCAGAUCUAGACCGCAAUUUAAUUAUGGAACUGCCAUUGGAAAACAUUGGACAUUCCUAUGUAACUAAAACUGAUUUCCUACCUCCAGACGGUUUGUUUAAAAUUACGGUAAAGGGAUUGCAUGUUAAAAGCAAUAUGAUGGUCAAGAGGACAUGCCCAAUUCCCAUUGAGGUUCAAGACACAGAGUUAGUGACAAAGGAAAACAAAGCACCGGAAAUGAUAAUUGACAAAGGGCUUCUUAUUAAAGCAGAAUAUAAUGAACCUUUAGUGAUCGGUUGUAAUGUAAAAGCUUAUCCAAAGCCUACAAUAAUGUGGUACGAUGAAACGGGGUCUGUAGUCGAGGACGAAGUAAGUGACGUAGAUCUACCAUAUAAUUAUAAAAAUAAUCUGAAUAUUAAAAAAGUUGUUAUGAAUGCAACUUACACAUGUGAAGCUGUUAAUUCUUAUGGUAAAGCAAAGCAAAAAGUCCAGGUCAAUGCUGAAAAGAAAAAAUAUUUUGACGUACAAUUGCGUCCUACAGACACGAAGAUCGAAUACAAGAAAACAGGAAGCGUAUCAUGUAAAAUUGAUUCUUAUCCACUAUCCGAGGUGACAUGGUAUAAAGAUGACAAAUUGUUACAUAAUGAUAGUAAUAUAGAAAUAUCAUCCGACGGAACCAAACUUAAUGUCAAGAAUAUGACUCCCGAACUGAAUGGUACUUACUCGUGUAAAGCACAGAAUGGUGUGAACUCCAAAGCGUUUUACUUUAACCUUAUUGUAACUGGAUUUGCACCAACGGUGGGCAUUAAAGAAGGAGCUAAAUUAACGAUAGAGUAUAAUGCACCAAUUGAUUUGGAAUGUUUAGUAACUGGUUAUCCUAAACCACUAGUUGUUUGGACAGAAACAAAUACUGGAAAUGUUUUACCGUCUGAUAUUGUGCCAUCUAGUGGUGGAUUAGAUUAUGAUUAUAUCAGUUUACUUAAAAUUGAUCAAUCUAGAAAGAACGCUACAUAUCAAUGUCUAGCAUCUAAUGAUCACGGCAAAGACACUAAAAUUAUUGAAGUUGAAACCAAGGUGCAUUUAAAUAUUGAAGAACGACCAAAAGAUAUUAAUAUUGCACUCAACCAAGAAGGUAGCACUACAUGUAAAUUCGAUGCCAAUCCACCAACCAAAAUAACAUGGUAUAAAAACGGAGUGAAACUGGAAUCGAGUGAUUCUUUUGAUAUAAUAGACGACGCUAAUGGAUCUAGUGUUCUAUCAGUCAAACAAAUGAAACCAUCUUUGAUGGGUAACUACACCUGUCAAGCUGUAAAUCCAUUUCAAACAGAGGAAUUGAACUUCUAUGUCCUUCUAAGUAAAAACGUGCCUAAAGUAAACAUAAAAGAAGCAGUAAAGAAACAUGUGGAAUAUAACGAAGCCCUCAACUUAGAGUGUAAAGUGACAGGAUUCCCUGAACCUAAUAUUGUUUGGAAAGAAUUAGAUUCUGGAAACAUUUUACCGUCUAAAACAAUACCAAAUGUUGAUAUGGAAAGUGAAUAUGUUAGUGUGCUUUAUAUUAAACAGUCAACAAAAAAUGUUACAUAUCAGUGCUUAGCAUCGAAUGAUCAGGGUGAAGACAGUCAAAUCAUUGAAGUAGAAACAAAAGUGUACAUUGACGUAAUUCAACGACCAAAAGAUUUAAAUAUAGUAUUUAGAAAAGAUGGCACUGUAAGAUGCAAGGUAGAUGCUAAACCAGCAGCUAUUCUGAUGUGGUAUAAAAACGGGAUUAGGUUGCGUUCUGAUGACAACCAAGACGUGAUGUAUUUAAGUGAUGGGUCCAGUAUGUUGAUGAUCUCAGAAAUGAAACCUCAUUUAGUUGGAAAUUACUCAUGCAGAGCAAUAACUGAUUUCCAAUCAAUGGACUUAAAUUUCAACGUCAUGAUUAUUGGAACUGCUCCUAAAACGUUUGUUGAAGGGAAGCCUAAAAUAAAAGUCGAUUAUGAUACAUCACUUCAAUUACUUUGUAAAGCAUCGGGAUAUCCUGAACCUGACAUUGUUUGGCUGAACAGAGACACUGGCAAAGAAUUCGAUUCUACUCUUUCGCUCGUUGAUCCAAGUUAUGAAUAUGGAAGAAUUAUGAAAAUUGACAAAAUAAAUGAAAAUGCAACAUAUACAUGCAAGGCCACCAACACGCUCGGUGAACAUAGCACAGAUGUGAAAAUUGAGACUGGACAAAGAAAAUAUUUUGAUAUUAUAGAGGAACCUAAAGAUACAAACAUAACGUAUAAAAAAAGUGGCCAGGUGUUCUGCAGGGUUUCUGCCAAUCCACCUGCUGAUAUAAUAUGGUAUGGAGGUAAUGAAAAACUUAAAAACAAUUCUCACAUACGUAUAUCGAAAGACCAAUCAGUAUUAAAUAUAACGGAUAUGCAGCCAGAAUUAGAAGAAAGAUAUUCAUGUGUGGCAAAGAACAGCGAUAAAAUCAUCACUUUUCGUUUUCACAUUGGUACAAUUGGGACUACAAAGCCUGUAAUUCAAGAGAUUCCUGAAGAAUCUUUGACUGCCGUUGAAGGAACUAAAGUCAACAUGACUUGUAGAUUGAUCGGCGGUGAUCCAGCACCAGCGAUAACUUGGAGCUUUAGAGCAAAUGGCGAAAAUAAGACAACUGUAUUCAAAGAAAAUGUAGAAGAAAUCACUAUCGACAAUGUUACACGAAAUAAAUCUGGUGUCUACUUUUGCCUUGCUAAAAAUGCGGCCGGCAAAGAUUCCAUCGCUUUCGAUUUGGAGGUAGAAUAUCCACCGACAAUACGAAGAAAAAACAAGAAAAAUAUCACGAUUCGCGAAGGUGAUAAAAAUUAUAUCCUGUAUUGCGAUACAAGUGGUAAUCCACAGCCUGAGGUGGAAUGGCUUCUGAACAAUGCACCCGUUGACACCACCAAAACUCAGAUCUUCAAAGACCACAGCAUUUCAAUCCAGCCGUCACCCAUAAAUGAUGGUGAAUUUACAUGCAUAGCGAAAAAUAAGCAUGGUGAAGCUAACAUAAAAAUAAACGUCAGAUAUUUUGCUCCCCCGGUUAUAUCUCCUCCUCCUCAGUCUAAGAUAGAACUGCUUGAAGGAAAGUCGAUCGAGCUGCCGUGUGAAGCUGAUGGGUACCCACACCCUAAGAUUCGGUGGACCUUCCUUGGCUUCAACUCGACGUCUCGACCCCUGUUACUGAAAUAUGCCAUGUCACCUGACACUCUUAAAAUCGCCUCAGUAGAACUCGAGAGAUCUGGUUACUACAUAUGCAAUGCAGAAUGCGGUAUAUUUUCUUCAAACAUGUCUUAUGAGGUCAUCGUUUAUGCACCUCCAAGAAUUACAAAUUCAGAUAGUACAUUAGUAGCUGUAGAACGAAGUUUAAGGACAUCAACAAUUUCAUCAAAUACAUUGAUAGCAGUUAAAGGAGAUUUCGUUUUGAGGAUACCGUGCAAAGCGACAGGUUUUCCUGUACCCGAAAUGAAAUGGACCAGAAAUGGGUAUCUUCUUCCAUCAGGCACAAAAUGGUAUGACAUAGCUGAUGACGGCGCUCUCUUGCUGAAGAAUGUUGACGAAGGAGGCACGUACAACUGUAUAGCGGUCAAUGGAUUUGGUUGGGACGAAACUGCAUUCGAGGUUAUUGUUCAAGACUCACCGACGCCCGAAACGCCAUCGCGCGAGAUUAUUUUGAUAACCGGUGACUCAGUUCCCAUCACAUGCGACUUGCCACACACACCUGUAGAUCAACUUAGGUGGUUCAAGAAUGGUCACUUUUUAGUGAGUGGAGAGCUCACCCUUUAUAGUGUCAACUGGUCACACGGUGGUUACUACACGUGCCGAGUCUGUACUUUAUCCGGCUCACAGUCUAGCACCAUCAAUAUUGUAGUCAUUUAAUUAUUAUUAAGCGAUAACUGUGAUUUCCAUAGCAUUAUUGCCAUUUUAUUAAUUAUUAACCUAAUUAAGUUUGAGUGUAGAAUUGUGGAAAAUAAAAUAUUAAACGCUUACAAUUAUUAAAGAAGUAAGAAAAUAAAUUUAUUUUACGCCUGCAUAAUUCCUUUUAAUGAGACUGUCCUGAAAAUGUACCCAUUUAUAAUUGAAAGUCGAACGAACAGUCCUGUAACUUUCGACAUAUAUUAAACUUCUGUGACUAGCACGCAUUAUGUGCUGAGACCGUACACAAUAGGCUAGUUGACCCUUUUUGGAAAAAGGUUUUAAAUGUUUAAUAAAUGUUCUAUUAGACCGAAAAAAAAUGUAUUGUAUUUUUUUGAGACCUAGAAAGCUACAAAUCUUUAAUUUUAAAAUAAAGUUUUCAUGGACAUACAAAAACGCUGUCGGCCAUUUUAGUCUAUAGAUUAUUAUCUAUGCUAUUACGUCGACGGUAGUAAACAAAAACUCGUAAGCACGUAGAAAAUAACCUAUCUGAGUUUAUAAUAAAAAAAAACAUGAUUUCUAAUACAUACCACGAAAAAUAUAGUAAUUAUCAUUAUUGUAUUGUACGAAAAUGUAAAAACAAAUCUUUGGAGACUCCAGGAAAGUUGUGGAUUAAAGUGCCGAAAGAAAUUAACCUACGCAAUACCUGGUUAGAACUUGCUAAAAGUGAUCCUGCAACUUUAUCGACUCAUAGUAAAAUUUAUUUUUGCGAAGAUCACUUUGAUGUAAGUACUCAUUGAAUAAUAUGUUAAGUCUCUUCAUUUAUUAUCGGUUUUAAUAAUACACGUUUUAAAGUUAUUUAUGAAUGACAUUUAGUUGUUUACUACUAAAGAGACGUCACAAUCAUGGAGGAUGUGGCGAACAGCAUUUUUAGUGUUUAAAAAGUAUAGUAGAUUGAUUCACCAACAUACAGUUUGGCUAAACACUUAGCAAAGUUACUUUCACCACUGAGAGGUAACACAACAGCCUUUGUGAAAGAUUCAUACCAAUUUGUCAAUGAGAUUAGAGAUCAUCGUCUCAUGGACAAUGAAAUCAUGGUCAGUUUUGAUGUUCAGUCCUUAUUUACAUGCCUACCAGUACAGGACUGCAUUGAAAUCACUAAGAAGAAGCUACUUGAAAAUAAUAUGCCUAAAGAAUAUGCAGUAUUACUGGAGCAUUGCCUUACUUCUGGCUACCUGUUAUGGGGGGAUGACUUCUAUGUACAAAUGGAGGGUGUCGCAAUGGGUUCCCCUGUCUCACCUGUUGUCGCCGAUAUUUUCAUGGAAGACUUCGAGAAGAGGGCUCUCAGCGCAGCACCUGUCACACCCAGGCUAUAUAAGCGGUAUGUAGAUGAUACUUUCACAAUCCUCCCAACAGAUCAAAUUUCUGCCUUUUUAAAUCACCUUAACUCUAUACAUCCCAACAUCCUAUUCACUAUGGAGUUAGAGGCAGAUAGUAAACUAGCUUUUCUAGAUAUUUUAUUAAUCAGGAAUCCUGACCAAAGUUUAAGCCCUACUGUGUAUCGUAAAGUGACUCAUACUGAUAGGUACCUCAAUGGUGACUCACACCAUCACCCGAAACAAUUAACUGCCGUAGUGAAACUCUUUGUUUCAGAGAGCACGGGGUGUCUGUGACGAACAACACCUGGCAGCUGAACUUCAGCAUGUCGAGCAAGUAGCUACUGAAGGAUAAUAACCUGAAUGUACCACGUCGCCGUCACAGUCGCGCCAAACCUAGCACAGUCGACCGACAACCUGCUAUACUACCUUACAUGAAAGGAGUCACUGACAAGAUUGGGAGGAUUCUGAAGCGUGCUUCAAUCAAUACAUACUUCAAGCCGCCAAAGAAGAUCAACCAGUUUCUACGACCGGUCAAGUGCAAUAUACCCUUUCAAGUUGCUGGUGUCUACAAACUUGAAUGCGACUGUGGGCUCUCCUACAUCGGGCAAACAAAGAGGAGUAUAGGGACUCGGGUAAAAGAACAUAUCGCAGAUAUGAAACAUAGGCGCGAAAAUAAAUCUGCAGUGUGUGAACAUGCAUUAAGGGGACCAAACCACUACAUUAGAUUUGAUAGAUCACAGAUCCUUGCAACUGAGCGGCGGUUCGUUCCUCGAAUGAUGCGCGAGGCUAUUGAGAUUAAAAAAUAUCCAAAUUUCAAUAGGGAAGAUGGUUGGUAUAUACCACCAGGGGGCCAAUCGCCUAACGGAAAUGCUUUGGGAAACGCUAACGCUUACGAUUUUAUAUUGUUAUUUCUAGCCACCUGAGGUUUUCGAAUACCUCGCGCUCAUUUUUUUUAAUAUUGUUAUUACCAAAGCAAAAGAAAAAGAAAGAGCGCGAGGCAUUUGAAUACCUUAGGCGGCUAGAAAUAACAAAAUAAAAUCGUAAGCGUUAGCGUUUUCCAAAGCAUUUCCGUUAGGCGAUUAGCCCCCAGCUUGGGAACCUAUUAUACAGGAGAUAAAAUCCCAACCCCGAGUACACACUGCAAGACCAUCAGAUACUAUUAGUUCUUUUUGUUUGCAUAAUUUAACAUAAGAAGGAGAUAGAAAGCCUCUCUUGAGUUUGUUUCGCCGGUUCUUCUCAGGAAGGUCUCCCAAUUUUGGAACCGGUGGUAGUUUACGGUAGUUAGGGUCAAAUAAAUAAACUCAAAACUACAAACGAGAAUUUUAAAUAAAAUACUUUACUAAGCAAAUUAAAUAAUAAAUUCAUACAUAGACAAUAACAUUUUAAAAAUCUUCCAAUGAAAUAACCGAACGCUCAAUAUAAGUCUUUCGAAGGUAGCUCGACAAUUUUAAAUAAAAAAUCAUUAUUCUGACGAUGCAGACCUGAAAAGGCUUCGAAACGUCAAUAAAUAAAGUUUCGUGCAUUAACCCGUAAAACUAGUUUUAUUUAAAAAGUAUAGACUAAGAAUUAUUUUUUUAAAUUAAAUUUCUACAGCAAUCUUCUGCUUUUAUGAACUAAAGUCGAUAUAUUUAGGUUCCUUAGACCAAAUACUUCAAGAAAUAAACAUUUAUUUAAUAUAAUUCGACAUGAGUCAACUAGCCUAUUUUAGAGCAACAUUAACCUUUGCAAAAAAAAUUUAAAAUAUGCGCUCGCACUGUGGGUAUCUCGAUAUAUUCAUACAUGUUUGUACUAAAGCGGUCCAAUGGUUCUUACUAUUUCGUGUGACUAUAGGUCAGAUCCAGAUAUUUUUAAAGAAUCCAGAUAGCUGAUCAGGGACAGGGAGGACAUCGUUUAUUAUCAGUCGAACGUCAUUUACAGGUAAGUUCGUUUGACUUUCAAUUAAACUUCUGUGGUUCGCCCUUAGAGAUUAGACUUUUUUCAUUUGUAUAACAGUAACACUUGACUUAAGAAUAAAAUAAAUACUAUUAUUUAGCUCGGUGUUUUACCUACGCGAUAGAAUCAGAAAUUAGGAAAUCCGUAGGAGAACUAAAGUAAGUGUCGCCGCACACGGGCCACCGACCACAACCACAAAACGCCGCCAACGGCAUAUUUCUUGUAGUUUUCAUACAUUUUAUAUGAACUCUCCACACACGGUACGCCGCCGGUGGCCGCCACACGCUACAAAUUGUCGUUGCUCGCUUCUUGUGGCCCGCACCGGCGACUUAAUGCGCCGAUACAAAACGGCGCAACACGUCACUCGCGCGAUUCCCCACCCCUCUCUCCCUUACCUUAGUCGGCCGCUGUCGCGCGCUUCAGCCACUUUAGUAGCCGCUUCUAGCUUCUCGUGGCGGCGUUUGUGGCUUUGGCGUGUGGCCCGUGUGCGGCGACACUAACCGAUAUCGCUCGAACGCUUGCUCUGCUGAAGUGGCAGCGGGCGGGACACGUAGCAAGAAGAACCGAUGGCCGUUGUCGCGGAAAGGUUCUGGAAUGGCGACCACGCAUCGGAUGACGCUCAGUGGGCAGGCCCUCUACAAGGUGGACCGACGAUCUUGUGAAGGUCGCGGGAAACCGAUGGAUACUACUAGGCGCUGGCUGAAAAUCAGCGCUGCUGUGGUAUUGCGAAAGUACUACCACAGUAGCAUAGCUGAGACAGCGACCUGUUGGCCCUGCACAGCAGCACCUGAAUUUAGUUUUCUUGUUUUUAUUUGUGUUGUUAUUCUUUUUUUUAUUUUUAUAUUUUCUGUUUUGUUUUAAUGUACCUACAUAAUGCUGUGUAACCAAUAAAUGAUUUUCUUUCUUUCUUUCUUUCUUUCUAUACGAGUGGCGUAGGACCGAUCUGUAUGGAGAUCCUUGGGGGAGGCCUAUGCUCAGCAGUGGGCGUCGUACGGCUGACACGUUGAUGUUGUUAUUAAGCUCUAGAUAGCUAAUUCAAAAUCUAUUUAAAUAUGACAAGAUCGAAAUCAGUCUGUAAAGAGAGCAAGCAUAAAAGUCUGAGUUAUUUUUGGAUACAUCUCUAUUGUAUAAUGUUGUACUUGUCCAAUUAUCAGUUUUAUUCUUAAGCUCUAUAUUAACUUCUGGCUUGUUAGCAUCUAAAGUAGCAGCAUGUAUCCUGCUGUGAGAACGUGAUGAUGUCUAUUCCGCUUUCUGGUUGAGUGGCAAAGAUACAGUAACUCCCAGUGUCGGUGCACACGAGCCACAUGCCACAGCCACAAACGCCGCCACGAGAAGCUAGAAGC